AUGAUCUACAAGAUCGGCGUCAUGAGGAUGAGUAUUGCCGCCCUUCUGGGCCCCCUCCUUGUCACUCUCGCUCAAGCUGGCACCGACGGAUGGGAAACCACUACCAGCAGUGCUCCUGCCGCUGGCUGGGUAGACUGGUCAACCAGCUAUGUCACUGUUUCGACGACAAUCUACUCGACCGUGUACUCGACUGAGACCGACUAUGUCACUGUCACCACCACCUCUGUCGAGAUCAAGCCGACGACCAUUGUCGACACGAGCGUCGAGACCAGCUACAUCAGUGUGCCAGUGACUGUCCCCACGACUGUCGUUGCUCCUACCACAAUCGUUAGCCCGACCACUGUUGUCAGUGAAAAGACCAUUACGAGUGUUGGCGUGAGCACAGUAACUGAUGUUGCCACCACCACUGUCGUCUCCACGACUUGCCCAUCGGCGCCUCUGACUGGCCUGGUGACUUGUACUUCCAGAAUCGUCAACCCAACAUACACUCCCAAGGCUCCCUUACCAAGCAACUACCUCUGGGGCUGUCCUCCUGGCACCGUCUGCACACCACCUCAGAUCGACUGCAACUGGGAACAGAACCCACCUGCGGAUGGCUAUGUCUGCGCUCCGGACGAGUGCAAGCCACUGCCUCCCCUUGACGUCCCCACGGACUGGAACGCUACAUGGCCGACGCCCACCGAGGCCGACUGUGCGUGGGAUAAGCCAGCUCUAGGAUACUUCCAUCUGAACCCCAUGCUCUUUGAUCUUUCAUUCGCCAUCUUCGACGUGUACGGUCAACCAGUCUGCCCGCCGGCUGCCGCCCCGCCGACUCCGACAACGACCACGGGUUGGGGUGACUGGACCAAGCCAACAGCGACCUGGACACCCAGGUUCCCUCGACGAGGCAGCAAGAAUAUCAUUGCUGAAAUCGUCAGUCGGCAAUCUCUCGGAAUUGCCCCAGCCGCCUGCUAUGGCGUCUUUGACAACACUCAGACCGUCGGACAGAAUACUGGUUUCGUAUAUAACCAGCUUUGCCCCGACCCUGUACCUUUUAUGCUAGGUGUCAGCGCUUGCAAGGCCUGUGCCACAGCGAACGGUGGCUCGUCCGCCACCACGAGUGACUUUCCAAAGCUCCAGACAUAUUUCAACUGGUGUCAGAGCCAUGCCCCGACGAAAUGA